AUGUCUAUAGAGCUGGAGCAUGCGAUCGGCUGCAAUGUGGAAUUCAAGCGGAUCUGCCACAUCCAUCCAAAUGGGAAAGACUAUUUGAAGGCAGUGGGUGGAGUCGUGAUCAUCGGUGAUCUGAAGGAUCCACAUGCCCAGGUCUUCUGCCAAGGCCACGAUGACUUCGUGACCUGCUUGGCGGUCUCCCACAAUGGACAGAUGUUCGCCACGGGUCAACAGGGCGAUAACGCCGACGUCAUUUUGUGGAGUUUUGAAGGAAAGACGCAGCUGAGUUGUUUUCAGGAGCAGGAUCAUGGCAUCGACGCCUUAGCCUUCUCCCACGACGACCGAUUUCUCAUCUCCUGCGGUGACAUUGUGGACCAACGCGUCUUCGUGUAUGACACCAAUAGCUGCCUCAUCGUGGCAUGGGCGGCCCUGACGCCCAAGCCCACCCUUUGCGUCCUUGGUGGUGGCAUGGUGCGGGAUAUCAAGCGUCGAGAUACGCAUGAGUACCAGUAUGCUGCUUGCGGAGGAAAGAACAUCUGCAUGUGGCAUUUGGAUCCCGUGCGUGGGGAACUUCAACCUCAUCAGGUAGGGAAUGCCUUCAAACAGGUUCGAGAAUACAUUUGUCUCGCCUUCACACAGGACGCGGAGUACCUCCUGGCAGGCACGACGACUGGCGAUGUGGCCGUGGUUCUCAUGAAGAAUCGAGUGGUGCAAACCUUCAUCGCGGUCUGCGGCGGCGGCGUGGUCAACCUCGUCUGUACGCUGGUCGAGUCUGGGAGCCGUUUCGUGGCAGCUGGUGGCGAUGGAACUGUGACAGUCCUGGCGGGUCCCAAUGCCUUGGAGCUUCACGAGGUGGGCACCGCCCGGCUUUCCACCGUUCCGACCCGCGUGUACCGACGCGACAUCCAGCAGGAGAUCUUCCGCCUGACGGGCGCGCCCGCGUACCGGCAACGACUCUUAUUCGAGAGCGACGUCUUAGACCCCCGGCGGCGCUUGCAGGAUUUGGGCUUCACCAAGGAGAGAUUGCGGGAGCUUAGAUUGACGCUGAUUGUACAAGACAUUUUGUGGCUCGCCACCACUUCGGUGGAUGGCGGAGUGAAGAUUUGGGACGCCAAUACCGGUGAGCAGAUCCAGUCCCUUGGUGGGCACCAAAGUGGCGUCCGGCACGCCUGCUUCUCCUCGGAUGGCUGUACGCUCCUGACCGCGGCGCGUGAUUGCACGGCCAAGAUCUGGAACACCCUGACCGGAGAGCCGGUGGAAAUCUUCAAAGGACACACCAACGCCGUCUACACCGCCGUGUUUUCGGAGGAUGGCUAUCUGGUGCUCACGGCCUCGUAUGAUGGAACGGCCCGGCUUUGGUAUGUCCUCACGGGCGAGUGCAUCAAGACCUUCUCCGGUCACAACGACGGCGUGGUCUCCGCCAUCUUCGCGCACGACGGGCUCAGUAUUUUGACCGCCAGCGUGGAUCGCAGUGCCAAGAUCUGGGACCUGCAAACUGCGGAGUGCGUGCAGACCUUAACGCGGCCCCGGGGCGAGGUGAUCGUCUCUGUCUUCAGCACUCCCGUGCAGAAUUGGGCCCUGUCGACUUUGCAGGAAGGCACCGCGAAGCUGUGGAACAUUAAGACGCAGCAAUGCGUGCACACCCUCAAGGGUCACCACACCUACAUCACCUCAGCCACCUUGUCACCCGAUGCCAAUUGGCUCUUGACCGCGUCCUGGGACCGUUCGGUGAAACUCUGGUCGCUGACGCAGAAGAAAAACCGGAAGUGUGCCAAGACCUUUCAAGGGCAUGGCAAUGGCGUGGUCUCGGCCGAGUUCUCCUCGGACAUGUCGCACAUCGUCACCGCCGCGUCGGAUGGUGCCACGAAGAUCUGGAACGUGCAGAGCGGCGAGUGUGUACGCACACUGAAGGGCCAUGGAGCCGAGCGCCAGAUUCGCCUGGACGGCCCUUUGAGCUCCUUGUCCUUGGCGCCCGACCAGAGUGAGGUCUUAGCUGUCUCCACCUUGGGCUCGGCCUCGAUGAUCCGCUCCAAGGACCUUUCAGUGAAGCCACACAGCCAGGUCUCACCCGGUGCUUUGUAUGACGUUGCGCACCUGGCCAACAUCUCGGACCACUUCCUCACCUGCUCCGGGGAUAGUCUGGUGACCCUUUGGGACGCGAACGACUACACCGCCAAGCUCCGGUGCUCGGUGGGCACGCGAGCAUAUCCGUUGGCGGCGUGUGGCACCGAAGAUAUUUUUGUGGCGGGUGCCACAGAUGGGCGUCUCUUGUGUUGGGAUUGCUCCAUGGGCCAAAAGCUUUGGCACAUCGACAACGCUCAUAAAGGUGGUGCCACAUCUGUGAAAUUAGCCAGCAACGUGCGCUUUGUGGUUUCUGGCGGUGCAGAAGGGGAGAUCAGAGUCUGGGAGCUGAAAACGCGAGAAAUGGUCUCCACACUCAAGGAGCACAACGCGCGAGUGAACGACGUUAAGCUCUUCCCCAACGACCAGUACGCCAUCUCCGUGAGCCGGGAUCGGUGUCUCCUCACCUGGGAUCUUCGGGCGGAGAAGCGGCUCACCUCGCACCGGGAGAGGCACGGUGGCAUCAACUGCCUCACCGUGGCCUCCAACCAGACCACCGUGACCACAGCAGGGCAAGAAAAGACCUUGACCACCUGGGAUUUGCGCAUGGCCGACCCGGUGCGCAUCAUCGAUCUGGAUGAAGAGGUGCUGAGUGUGAGCUCCAGCCAUGACGAUGCCUUUUUGGCGACUGGCGGCACCGGACAGGUGGUGAAGGUUUGGGACAUCCGCAAUGAUCAGGUGGCCUUUUCUUCCCUGGGCGCUGGGCAUUCACGCAGCAUCCAGUGGGCACCUGAGACCGACCUUCGACUUGACAUCGACUCGACCAUUCUCAUUCUGAGACACCGAAAGAUGGGGACCACCUUGAGGGCACAGAGGACAUCGAAAUUGCUGGACUUGCUGGGGACUUGCUUGGGCCACAGCGAGCGAGAACUUCAGGAAGAUCAGCUUCAGCCCAGAUGCGAAGCAGAUCGUCUCUGUAGGCAGAUGUCGCUUCCUUUUUAG